CCUUGAUGGUUAUAUUUACACGGUUGAAUUUAGGAUGGCUGUGUCGAUAAAGCGCGCGCACAACUAGUCUCGGGGAUUGUUAUAACUAGAAGUGUGUCACAACUAGAGGAGAAUAAACUCUCAUAUUCAGAAUCUGUCAAGGGAUCUUAUCCAGAGAAAAGUCCCCAACUUUCCUUUACAACAUCAUUCUUGGCUUUGGUUUACUGCAUAAAGAAACUAGGUAUCGAGGAUCUUCAUAAAGUGAGUUGACAAGGCAAUUUUAGUUGAAGCCAUGGUUCUGCGGCUUGAUCCUAUCGGAUUCUUGGAUAGAAGCAAUAACAAUUAUUCCUGGAAGUCCCUCUUUUUAAUUUUCAUCUUUACUGUUCCAUGGUGUUCUGGCUCGUGACAAUUUUUUGCAAUUUGGGUUUCAUAGGUUGUACUAAAUACAAGUUUUAAUCAAGAUCGGUAUGGACCAUGGUGCCAUCAGGACAAAUUCAAUAUUCAGGACCACCUCAGACACUUUCAUGGACUUGAAUUUCACAGACGAACUCUUGGUCCAAAGAUAUUGGUGGGAGAGCGCUGGUGGAGUCAACUUUUUGGAUCCUGAACCUUCCAUCUCUAAGGAUCUGUGUGACCCUUCACAAUAUUUGCCUUUUAUGGGGUCUGGUCAUCUGAGUAUAAACCCACACCAUCUGACCUGCCAAGAAGAAACAGACAUCUCACUUGAAAACCCACCUGUAGUUUAUCCUGAAACCGAGGAACAAAUUGUUGAGACCAUCACAUCUCCAGUACAUUCUGAAGGUUCUCAACUUGAAAGCGGUGAAUUCGUCCUGGAAUUCUGUGAAUCAUGGGAGUGUCCGAAACAAGAACCUGAGGAAGAAGAGACUCUCCAAGAGACAACCGACUCGGAUAACAAUGAUUUAGACCAGUACCAAGAGCGGGAAUUUUCAGAUUUUGGGCAGCUUCAACAAAACCCUGAACGCUGUACUGUUGAAAGUGCCAGAGAUUCUUUUGUUCCUUGGAGUCACUUAUUAGGCAGCAGAAAAACAGGCAAGAAGAGACAGACCAAGACAGAGAAGACAAUAAGCUUGCAAGUUCUUCGAAAAUACUUUGCCGGGAGCCUUAAAGAUGCUGCUAAAAGUAUUGGUGUUUGCCCCACCACUCUGAAAAGGAUGUGCAGGCAAUAUGGUAUCAGCCGUUGGCCUUCUCGAAAAAUCAAGAAGGUUAACCACUCCUUGAAAAAACUCCAACAUGUAGUUGACUCUGUCAUGGGACCUCAAGGACUCAUUGAAAUUGAUUCCUUUUAUACCGCCUUCCCAGAAUUGAGCUCCUCUGGAUAUUUUGGGCAUAAUCCUUUUUCAUCAUUCCAGAUAACUGACUACCCAAAGGAAUCAAACCCAAAACCUAUAAAUCACUUGUUCAGCACUAAAGGCCCUGUUUCAAAAUCCCAGUCCUCGUCGAGUAGUCAGAAUUCUGGUUUGUUCAUCUGUCACGGCAAAAGGCAGCUUACCAGCACCAUCAAUGGCUUGAGCACUGGACAUGCUUUAGCUGUAGAAGACCCUGUCGAGGUGCUGAAGAGAACACGCAGUAAGUCAGAAUUGCCCUCCUUGAAUAAGGAGGAACUUGAUAGAGCCAAAAGCAAUGAAACAUCAUGCCAGAAUAAAAAUCUGGAGACUCAAGCGUCCCUACCAAUUAGUAAUGGCCAGUGUUUACGAGAUGGAGGUGCCUUCAGAAUUAAAGCCACUUUUGGAGGUGAAAAUAUCCGUUUCAGCUUGCAACCAAAUUGGGGUUUCAGGGACUUGCAACGAGAGAUUGCAAAGCGUUUUGAAAUUGAUGAUUUCAGCAGGAUUGGUCUCAAGUAUUUGGACAGUGAUCAUGAGUCAAUUCUUUUGACUUGUGAUGCUGAUCUUGAGGAGUGUAAGGAUGUGCUUGGCUUCUCUCAGAGUCGCACAAUCAAAAUAACCCUCUAUCUGGUUUCCAAACCAAACCUAGGAAGUUCAUUCAGCAGCAGCAGAGACUUGUUCUAGUGCAUGGCCGGUUUCUGAUUCACCUUUCGUUUUGAGUGGACAAAAAUUAGACUUAUGUAAUGGUGAGAGAUUUUGCUAGGAAUCCUUUUAUUUUCAUGUUAGCAUGAUUACCAGUCAUUAAUCUCUUUUACGGAUCAAUGACUCUUAGAGAGUUAUCGAGGAAGAUAAUAAGAAAUAUGCAGCCAUCAUUUGACCAAAAUCACUAGAUAUGCUAUAAUGUAAUUACAUCUGUAGCAUUGGAUUUUCAUUAGUGAAAUUGAGUAUAGACU